CGCAUUCAACUAUAAAUCCAUUGAACAGUGGUGCUUCGUUAGUCAACCGAUGACCUUUUUUUGGGGUGUGAUCGGGGAUUGUAAACUCGUUCCAUAUCUAGGAAUACAGUUGAACUUCACUGAAAACUAUGUGAAUCACUGAAACUAUGAGUUCCAAAUGCACUGGAAAUAAGCCGUGGCAGUGCACUGACGGCACCUGCGUAGAUAACUAUUUUUCCUGCGUUAGUCCGAGCUCAAAAUGUAGGGGGAAGCUCAAUUCGUACUACUGUGGACAUCUUAAUGGAGAUAACUGUGUUUACAACGAUGUUAAUUGCAUGAGGGAGUGUGGCAUGAAUUCAGACGAAAUGCAUAAGUUUGACCGUCCCUGUCCAGGCUUCCCUGGAAAGUGUACUUGGAUAUCUUUUUAUUGCCCUUUUUCAUGUGGUGAUAAAGUCAACUGUCCACACAGUAACAGGUGUGAAAAGACAUUGGCGUUUUGUGAUUCUUGUUUCAAUUUCCGAUGUGCAAAUACAGGGAUUUGUAUUGCCAGUUACAAAGAGUGUAAUGGAUUCAAUGACUGUGGAGACUAUUCAGAUGAAAGGAAUUGUGGGUCUUCAGGGUCAGGGUCUUCAGGAUCAGGGUCUUCAGGAUCAGGGUCUUCAGGAUCAGGUUCUUCAGGGUCAGGGUCAUCAGGGAGAGGCACGAUCGAUGUCAGUGGCCCAGCAGCGGACACCAUGCCUAUUGCCGUUGGAGUCUCUGUCAGCGUAGGAGUGUUCAUUUUGAUACUUGUGUGUAUUCUCUGCAUGGUACGAAAAAGGAACACGAAUCGUGGAGGACGUGGAACAGUUUUGUCACCGCGUCAACGUGGUGGUGGGCCUACCGGAGGACCAACGAUAGUUGGAGCAACCCCAAUUGCCAGACCUCCACAAAUAGCAAGCGCUACAAGUCCUCAUGGAUCAAACUCACAGCUUCUUCCUCCCGGUCAGUUACCGUUCGCAGUGGUUCCAUCGGCACCCGGUUCUUCUCAUAGUCUUAAUAGCGCUAGCAGUCAUCCUGCAGCACCACCCCCUUCCUAUGAUGAAGUAGUUGACAACGACAGGCAGUUCAGGAUAGCAGAUACACAGCUUCCAAGUUAUGCAGAUUCAGAGCACAUCCCUCCUGUCAACCCAAAUUAUACAAGCACUAGCAGCGUAUGACGGUAUUAACCCUUGCACUGCUGAUAGACAUUGGCGCCCUCUUGUGGCGAGGAAAAAAGCAACGUGACGACAAGCUUCUAAAGGACAUUAAUUCACAUGGGGAUUCAGAGACGUUUUAUUAACUUACGAAUGCAAAGUGGGAUACACUUUACUACCGGGAUAUGGGCAGUUCAGCGAAAUCUUUUUGUGCAGGAUGUAAAGUGUAUUCAGUCUUAUAAAUUCUGACAUUUGCCAAUGUGACGCAAUGGUAUAUAUCCAAAACUCAGUUUUGCUGUGAUAAAGGUUGAAAAUGACUUGCCAGAAUCCAGAAGUUUUCGCAACAAUUUCUGUACAUAUAUCAGUGGAUGAACUAAAACCUCUAUGUAAACUGUAAGAUAUACCAUGUAAUGCUAGAUAUAUUGUGGAUAUAUAAUGUUAGAUAUAUAAUUUCUGUUGCAGUUCUAUUUUUAAAUGGUGUAUCGCCAUUUCGCCUACAAUCAUUUCGCCUACAACCAUUUCGCCUACAAUCAUUUCGCCUAUAACCAUUUCGCCUUCAGCCAUUUUGCCUAUAACCAUUUCGCCUAUUACCCAUUUCGCCUACUAGCCAUUUUGCCUACUUGUCAAUUCGCCUACUAGCCAUUUCCCCUACUUGUCUUUUCGCCUACUAGCCAUUUCGCCUACUUUUACUGCUAUUUUUGUUUUUUUAUGAAUUGGAAGGAAAGUAGAACUUUCUGGAUAUUUGUAUUGAACAGAGGUGGUUUGAGGCAAAUUUUUAGCUGGCAGAUAGGAGUACGGUCACUAUACAUUAGCAGAAAAUUAGUUAGUUUGCUUAUGUUGUGUGACACACUUUAUAGUGAUCCAAUUAAUCCAGUAACCGAAUUAGAGCUUCAACAACAACAAAUUAGUGUAUGAUGAUUGGGACUCUAAAAGGGAAAUGGGAUACAAUCCUCUGCUACAGUAGGCCUACAUGGGGCCAAACAUAUUUUUUUGACAGAUACCAAAUAAUGUGGUGGAUUUGCAAAUCCUCUGCAACAGUAGGUAUAAGGCCUGAUAACUUAUAUUUUUUACUGAUACUGGUAUCAAUAUGGAGGAUUUAAAACAAAUAUAUUCAGAAUUAUGUGAAAUGGCAUUUUCUGUAUGUAGGCGAAAUGGCAGUAGGCGAAAUGGCGAGUAGGCGAAAUGGUGGGUAGGCGAAAUGGCAGGUAGGCAAAAUGGCUGUAGGCGAAAUGGCAUUUUUUGGUAGGCAAAAUGACUGUAGGCGAAAUGAUUGUAGGCGAAAUGGCGAUAAACCAUUUAAAUUCUAUAUUUGAACUAGGAAGACCGUAAGAGCUGUUGGUGAAGACUUAAAUCAUUCCAUAUACAUUGUAUUUGUAAAAUAUAAAAUAUAUUUAAAUAUGUGUAAGAUAUAAAGUAUAAUCAUCUCUGGCUAAAGGAUCCACAUGUCCCAUUUGCAUACUCGCAUAACCUGUGGUUUUCAGUUUUUGCACAAUGUUGACUCUUUCGGCUGAGCCGGUAACAAUAGUUGAAAAUACAAGUAAUACUAAAUGUGAUUUAGAUUUGGCGACAGUCUUUCAUGAUACUGUUUAAACUCAUGUACAUCAUGUAUAUAUUCGUAGUCAAAGUUGUAGGCGUUUUAAGCAAUGUUUUACGUUUUCUUACAACUUACUGUGCUUAAAUUUAAAUUUUUUUAAUUUAAAAAUUUAAUUUUUUUUUUUUACUGUAAUUAUUUUUCACAGGGUUAUAGUGGGUACAUAGGCCUACAUGUAAAUUAUCUUUAUACUUAGCUUUCAACCCUUUUGGGACUGUGCCAUUUAUAAUGAACCAAUUUUUUGUAUAUACAUGUAUAUACAGGUGCGGUAUUUAUACGUAUUUAGGCACAUGUGCAUAUAAAAAAAACUUGUUUUCACCCUAUUUUACGCGGUCAAAUUUGCUGUUCUUAUGAGCACAUGCACCAAUAAAAUUAUGUUAAUGCAUGAGUACUGGUAUGAUCAGUAUGUACAUGGAUGUACGUAAUCUUGGAUACAUUUUUGCCCAUUCUUAUGGGCAUGCGCUAAUAUUCAAGCGCACCCUGAAUAUAAGCGUAGUGUGCCUAACUACGCCUAAAUACAGAAAUUAGUUAGUUUUGCUCCUAAAGGCAGCAAAAAUUUGCUGAGAAUCUCAAUUUUGAAAAAUCCGUCUAUAUUGUUAAUGCGAUUUUACACACGUGAACUUAUGAUCAUUCCUGCCUUUGCUAUUUUGGCACCUACAGUCCAAGUCACAAAUGACAUCCAUCCAACUCGGCGCAUAUGUUGUGGUCAAUGACGCACCAGUGACGCGUUUAUCUCUCUCUGGGUUAAUGCAUAUCACGUAGCGGUGACAAAGCCUGUAUCUAAGGAUGGUAUUUUUAUUUAUAUUGUUUAAACAUUUUCAUAUGCAUUGAUGAAUGAAUAAACAUAAUGGUAACUCUACUUGUUCA